UCGCACGUCGCGUCCUGGUUUGUAGGGUCCUGAGCUCCCGCGUUAGGGCAGACCGGGCAGACGAGGCGGAGCCAGAGUCGAUCAGUUUGGCGCGAUGAAGGCACUGAUCUUGGUGGGCGGCUAUGGGACGCGGCUGCGGCCGCUGACGCUGAGCAUCCCGAAACCACUGGUGGACUUCUGCAAUAAGCCUAUCUUGCUGCACCAAGUGGAGGCGCUGGCCGCGGCAGGUGUGGACCAUGUGAUCCUCGCCGUGAGCUACAUGUCUGAGUUGCUGGAGAAGGAAAUGAAGGCGCAGGAGCAGAAGGUGAGGCGCGGAUUGUCUUUUCCCUUGCUCCCCGCUCAGCCUCCCACGCCUGGGUGGGAGGAACCUGACAGUGUGGCUUCUCUCUUCCAGCUAGGAAUUCGCAUCUCCAUGUCCCAUGAAGAGGAGCCUUUGGGGACAGCUGGGCCCCUGGCCCUGGCCCGUGAUCUGCUGUCUGAGACUGAAGAUCCCUUCUUCGUCCUCAACAGCGAUGUGAUCUGCGACUUCCCCUUCCAAGCCAUGGUGCAGUUCCACCGGCACCACGGCCAGGAGGGCUCCAUCGUGGUGACCAAAGUGGAGGAACCCUCCAAGUACGGUGUGGUGGUAUGUGAGGCUGACACAGGCCGCAUUCACCGGUUCGUGGAGAAGCCGCAGGUGUUUGUGUCCAACAAGAUCAACGCAGGCAUGUACAUUUUGAGCCCUGCGGUGCUGCAGCGCAUUCAGCUGCAGCCCACGUCCAUUGAGAAGGAGGUCUUCCCUGUCAUGGCCAAAGAGGGGCAGCUAUAUGCCAUGGAACUGCAGGGCUUUUGGAUGGACAUUGGACAGCCCAAGGAUUUCCUCACUGGCAUGUGCCUCUUCCUUCAGUCGCUGCGACAGAAGCAGCCUGAGCGACUCUGUUCAGGCCCAGGCAUUGUGGGCAACGUGCUCGUGGACCCAAGUGCCCGCAUUGGCCAGAAUUGCAGCAUUGGUCCCAACGUGAGCCUGGGCCCUGGUGUGGUGGUGGAGGAUGGUGUGUGUAUCCGGCGGUGCACAGUGCUUCGGGACGCCCACAUCCGCUCCCACUCCUGGCUUGAGUCCUGCAUUGUGGGCUGGCGCUGCCGUGUGGGCCAGUGGGUGCGCAUGGAGAAUGUGACAGUGCUGGGCGAGGACGUCAUAGUUAAUGACGAGCUCUACCUCAACGGGGCCAGUGUGCUGCCCCACAAGUCUAUCGGCGAGUCGGUGCCGGAGCCUCGCAUCAUCAUGUGAGGGUGUGCUUUGGGGCUGAUGGAGCCCCCCCCCUUUUCUGCAUCAGCAAGGGGAGCACUGGCUUCACACAUUAGAGGGCCCUGGACUCAUUGCUGUUGUCUGGGGGAUUGGAUGAGGCUUACGUUGUUGGACAUCUGCCUUCUUGUGUGGGCAUAUCUGGCAGGAUCCCUGCUGGGCAAACCCCACAAACCCCACUCCUCAAGAGGGCCAGGGCUGUAUGGAAUAAUAAUUUAAUGCUCACUGUGGCCCUGACUGAAAGUCAAGCUCAGGCACAAUUAGGGCCGUGGCUGGGCUCCCACCAAUGAGGCUACACACAGGCAAGAUGGGGGCUGGACACGGUAGGGACCCUAGGGAACAGGGCAAGAGGAACUCAUAAAUAGGGCCCAGCCUGGGCUGGGUUUGAGGGUGCAGGGUCCAGAAUGGCACAGGCCGUGUGGGCCAGGCAGGUCUAGGCGGCCGAGGAGGUGGCACUGGUUGAUUUUUCGCAGUCCUCCACAGACACAAUGGUGGCUUUGCAGAAGAAGCAGUCCUUGUUGUUCAUCAGGUGCUGGUCAAUGCAGGCUCUACCACAGGAGAGGGGAUGAGGGCUGCCCUGUAGUCUGCUGUUCCCUGCUCUCCGCCCCCCUUCCAGUGCCCAGGA